CAAGAGGAGCAGAAAGGGGAGAAAGGCGAAGGAAGGGAGGCCAAGGCACCCACAGGCCACAAGAAGCCAAAAGGGCCGGAAAGACAGGGGAGCAGAACGGAAAAAGAGGGAGGAAGACAGGAAGAGAAAAACGGAGCCGAGAAAGAAAGGCGAGCAGAGGAAGGGAGGGCAAAGAGACGGGGGAGAGGCAAAGGACAAGAAAAGAAGAGGGGAGAAACAACGAGAAAAGCAAGGGGAGAGAAAAGAGGAGGGGGCAGGCAAGGGGACAAGCAAAGCAAAAGGGAAGAGCGACGAGGGCAACAAGAGCAGGCGAGGAAGAGGCAAAAGGCAAAGAGCAAAGGAGCCCACGCCAACGGAGAGAGGGGAGGGCCGAGAAAAAGCCAGGAAGACGGGAAGACAAAGAGAGGGAGAAGACAAGAGAACACGAGAGAAGGCAAGACAAGGGCAAAAGGCAAAAGGGCAAGGGCGCAAAGAGGCGGAGAGACGGAGGCGGAAGAGGCGCAAAAGCGAGGGGGAGAGAGAGACAAGGACCGGGGAGGGGAAGGGGAGAAAGAGGAGAGCGGGGGGCAAAAGACGCGAGGGAGGGGAGCGGGGGGCAAAACACGCGGAGGGGCGAAGGGGAGCGGGGGGCAAGACACGGAGGGGGCGGGGAGGAGAGCGGGGGGCGAAAGACGCGGAGGGGAGGGGAGCGGGGGGCGAGACACGCGGAGGGGGGGGAGCGGGGGGCAAGACAGCCGGAAGAAGGGCGGGGGAGCGCGGAGGCACGAGGGGAACGGGGGGGGGAAAAGAGGGAAGGCGCCGAGACGGGAAAGGAGAAAAGGGGACGAGGAAGAGGACGCCACGGCCGAACCACGAGAAAGGGCCGCGCGCAGGGACAGACCGCACGGACAGAAGGGGCGCGAGCGAGCGAGCGGAGCCGACGAACCCGGGGACGAGGCACAGGGAAGCGGAAGCGGCGGGGGAGGGGGGGGCACGGAGGCAGGGGACGCAAACGGCGCGAGCGGAAAGAGGGAAGGAGGCGAAGCAAGGGGGACGGGGGGCAGGGAACAGGCGGCACACGGGCGACGGGAGACGAGAGGGAGGGACAAGCGGGAAGAGGGGAGGAGAGAGGGAGGGAACCAGCGCCGGGAGAGAGGCAAGAGAGCGCGGGCACGGGACAGAGCAGCGGGACCGAGCGGACGGAGACGGCAAGGAAGGACGAGGGGGCAGAACGCGGACAGACGAGGAGGCCGCGGGGCAGGGCAAACGGACGCGAGGGACGGGGACGGAGAGGGGAAGGGACCAAAGAGGGAGGGAAGGGGAAAAAGCGGGAAAGGCGAGGCACCCCCCCCCCCCGCGAGACGGGCACCACCCGAGCGGGACCAACAAGGGGGAGCAGAGCGGGGGCGAGGGGAGGCAAGGGGGACGGCGAGACAGAGCGCGAAAAAGCAAGAGGAGGAAAAGAGAGAGGGCGCGGGCCCAAAAGGGAGGAGGGGCCGGAGAAAAAGGGGAGGAGGGGAAAAGGCGCAGGCAGGGACAGGGAGCCGCAGGACAGGAGGAAAGGGGGGAAGGGGGACGAGGGGGCCGAGGGAGAGGGGCAAGGCAACACGGCAGCCGGACAAACAAGGGACACGCCACAAGACAGGCCAAAACCGAAAGGGGAAGGGGCGCGGGAAGAGAGAACAAGAAAGAACGGGGACAAGAGGGCCAAGGAGAGGGGGGGAAAGCGAGCGAGGACACGAGAGGGCCAAAAGGGCGAAAGGGGCAAGCCGCGAAGGAAGGGGGGAAACGCGCAGGCAAAGGGGGGAAGGAGACGAACAAGAAAAGGAGAAGAAGCGCACGAGAGCAGGAAAGAAAGGCGAGGAGGGCAAAAGGCGAAACGGCGAGAAGAGGACCGACAGGGAAACAAGAGGGGCCAAAAGCGGAGGAGAGAGGAAGGAGCGGGGAAAAGAGAGGAAGCAAAAAGAAAGCGCACGCAAAAGGCGACGGGGGCGACCAGCGACAGGGGACAGGAAGGGCACGGCCAGGAGAGAGCAGAGGGAGCGAAAAACCCGAGCAACCGAGAAGCGCGGGAGGGAGCGAAAAGCGGAGGAAGGGGAGAGGAAAGCAAGAGGAGAGGAAGAGCAGGAAGAAAAGAACAACGCGCGGAGAGCCGAGCAACCAGCAACCGCAAGGGCAGGACAAAAGGGGGAAGGAGGGCCGAAGGAGCAAGGGGCGCGCGGGGGCAAGAAAGGCAGGAAAGGCAGGAAGAGAAGCAACGACAAGAAAAAGCCACAAGGGAAAGCAGGGAAGACAACGAAAGAAGGCGAAGAAAGAAAGGAGGGAGGAAGAGGCAAAGGGGGGACAACGGGAGAAAGCCGGGACACGGGGCAGCAAGGGGGCCACAGCCCAAGGGAAGGAAAAGGCAAGACACAAAGGGGACGAACCGCGCAACAGGAAGAAGGCAAGCCCAAAGAGAAAAGAGGACAAAGGAAGAGAAGAAAAGCACGCAGCAGGGACCCACGGGAAAGAAGGGAGGCAGAAGAAGCGGCAAGGGAGGAAAGGGACACCGCAAAGGAGGACAAGGCAAGGGGGGCAGGAGCAGCGCCAACAACGACACCACGACGAGGACAGGGGGCGGAGGGCAAAGGGACAGGAAGAAAAGGAGGGAACAGCGAAAGCGGAGGACGCGGGAAGGCGGCAGGGCGAGAGAGGCCGGCGGGCACGGAAGGGAAGAAGGGCAAACCGGAAGGGACACGCACGCGCAACGCAAAGAGCGCAAGAAGCAGCGGAGGCGGGAAAAAGAGCAAGGAAAGGAAAAAGGGCAAAAGGCGCGACGGGAAGGGAAAGACGGGAAAGAGAAAAGGAGGGGCGGCAAGAAGAGGGGAAAGCAAGGGAAGGGAGAGAACACAACCGCAGAGAGGGGAGAGCAACAGGGACACAGGCAGCCAAAAGAAGGGACAAAAGGGGAAAGAGGCAAAAACCCGCAAGGGAGAAAACCGGACGGGGGAGGAGCCAGCGGGGGCGCAAGCCGCCGAAGAAAGGGACCAAGGCGACGACGACGGGAAGAAGAAAGGCCAAGGAGGAAAAGGGGGAAAAGGGCAAGAAAGCACAGGGAGACAAGGAAGGGGGACCAAACGAAGGGCAAAAGGAAGACGGGGAGGACCGAAGCCGCAAAGAAACAAGAGGGCGCCGAAACAGGAGACGAAAAGGACAAAAGGGGGGGCCGAAAGGGAAAGACACCAAGGAGGCGAGGGCACAAAGCCCGCAGAGGAAAAGGGGAAGAAAGCCGAGAAGGGGGCAGGGAGAGGGAGCCCGCGAAACAAGAGGGGGGGGAAGAGGAAACCAGGGACGAAGGCCAGAGGGAAGGCGAGCACGAGGCCGCAAACAAGCGAGAGCCCACGGGCCAAGAAAGCGAGGCAAGGGGCAAAAACCGGCACAAAAAAGGGGGGCAAAAAGGAAAGAGGAGGAGAAGGGGGGAAGGGGGACCAAGCACCGAAACGGAGAGCAGGGAGGACAAGGGGGAGGGGGGGACCAAAAAGGACGAACACCCAAGGACCCAAGGCAAGGGGGGACCGAAAAAGGGGGAAGGAGGGGCAGGAAGGGGGGACGGCGAGAGGGGAGGGGCGAGACACAGGACGGGAAAGAAAGCGAAGGCGGGGGAAGCGGAAAAAGAGCGAAGGACCAAAAGGCGGAGGCGGGGGAAAGGAACGAGACGGCAGAACAAAAGGAAGCGGGACAAGAGGGCGAAAGGGGGGAAAAGCGAAGAGGGAGCCGGGGGGAAGGGCGAAAAGGCAACGGGGGAAGGACAAGGCAAGGGGGGGACAAAGGAGAGCGAGGAGAGGGCGGCAAAGAGAAGGGCCAAGGGAAGAAGAAGGCCACAGGAGAAGGGGGGCGCGAAGGAAGAAGGAAAGAAAAAGAGGGACGGGGGGGAGGGGAACACAACAAAAGAAGCAGGGGGCGACGAGCAAACAACGCACACGCAACAAGGGGGGAAGGGCACAAGAAGGGGAAGCAGCGAAACGGCAAGACGAGCAACAAGCGAGCAAGAAACAAAGCGGGGAAGGGCGACCCGACAGGGGCGACAAGAAAGAGCAAAGAGGGGAGGCGGGCCAAAGAGGAAAGCAAGGCAAGGCAGCGGGCAAAGCCAAAGCGCAAGAAGCGACAACAAGACCGCGAAGGCGACGACACAGGGAGCGAGGCGGGCCAGGAGACCCAGCAAGGCGAAGGGGGAAGAAAGAGACACGAGGGGGGGGGAGGACGGGGCCAGGGACACAGGGACAAGAGGGCGCAAAAAGAAAAAGGAAGGGGAGCAAAAGGGGCCAGAGCGACGGAAGCGACGACAAAACGGAGAAAGACGGGAAAAGGGCAAAAAGCCGAACGGAGCGGGGAACGGAGGGCGGGAAGCAAGGGAGGAAGCCGACGGCAAGGCCCAAGGAAGCAAAGGGGGAGGCGGAAGAAGGGGAAAACAGAGCGAAAGACGGGGAGGAGCGGGCAGAGGAAGGAAGAGGGGGGGAGAGGCAGCGACCAGCAAAGCAGGCAGAGGAGGGAACAAGAAAGCAAGGGGGGGAGAAGAAGCAAGGCAGGGCACAGGGGAGGAAGCGCAGAAGAAGGAAACCCAAAGCAACAAAAAGGAGCAGGAAGAGGGGCAAGGGGAAAAAGCAGGGAAGGAGACGGACAGAGCGGGAAAGAGCAAAGGGGACAGGGGAGGGAGCAAGGGGACAGGGAGGGCAAGAGGGAAGGACACGGGGAAGCCAAGGAAGAGGCACACGGGGAAAAGCAAAACGCGCAAGGCAAGACACAAAGGGGAGAGCAAGCGGAGGAGCAAAAGGGGGCGACCGCCAACGGACCGACGGAACAAGGAAACGGGGAAAGCCCAGGCAAGCCGACAACCGGACGGGAGAGGGCGCAAAAAGCACCCGCCAGAGCGAGGGAGGGGAGAGCCACGAGAAGGAGGAAAAACAAGGGCCGCAAAGGAGAAAGCGGGAGGCGCGGGGGGCGGGCGCAGGGGGAGCCCACAAGCAGGGAAGAAGCGCGAAGGGAGCCAGAGGGGAGCAAGGCAAGGCAAGAAGAGCGGGAGCAAGGGAAAGAGAAAGGACGGAGGGGAAGGAGGGCCAAGACCGGAAAAGGACAAGGGAAGGGGAACAAAAGGGGGCGGCGGAAGAAAGCGAAGGAGGAGGGAAGCGGCAGGCGAAAGAAAGCACGGGAGGGGCAAAAGGAGAGGCACAAGAAGAAGGCAGAGAGGGCGAGGAAACAGGGGCACCCGGGGCAAGACGAGAAGCCAGCAGAAGAGGGCGAGCGGAGGCCGCAGACAAGAAGGGCACGGGCGAGCAAAGGGACGGGAAAAGGGCAGGGGAAACGGAGGACGGGAAGAGGAAGGCGACGGGAGCAACCGCCCGGGGGCGAGGGAAAAGGGGAGAGGAAGAAGGGCGACAGAGGAAAGAAGGCGGGAGAGGGGGAAAACAAGCACCGAGAGCGGGGGAGGACACCCGAGCAACGGGCCGAAGGAACGGGGGGGCACAAAAGGCCGGGGGGAGAAAACCGGAGGGAGAAGGCAAGAAAAGGAGCACAGGGGAGGGGGACAAAGGGAGGGGGAGGAGAGGAGCGGGGGAAGGACGAAGAAAAGCGGGGGGAGAAAGGGGCGAAGCGCAGGCAGAAGAAGGGGGAGAGGAGCAGGAGGGGAGAGGGAACGACGGGCGGGGACGACAAGGAAAGCAACGCAAGCGAAGGAAGAGGCAGCAAGCAGGCCAAAGACACAAAAGAGCGGAGAAAGAAAGGGGGCAAGAGGGAAAAGCCGCAAGCAAGAGCCCGAGGAGCACAGCGGGACGAGGAGAGAAAGAGGAGGAAGGCAAGGACGGGGACGAAACAAAAGAGCGAGGAAGGAGGGGAGCAGGACGAGACCGCACGGCAAGGCGACCAGAGAGAGCGGAGCAGGGGGAGGAGGGGCGAGGGGCCAGGCAAAGCCAAAAGAGAGGCAGGGCGGGCGACCAAGAAAAGCAGCCGAGACCGAAAAGGAACAGGCAAGGGGGAGGAGGGGAGCCCAAAGAAGGGAAGGGGACACGAACGGGGGCGCAGAGGCAGAGGGGGCAGGAGGGAAAAGCGAGCGCAAAAGGACCGCAGGAACAGGGCCAGGGCGGAGGGGGAAGAGGGGGGCAGGGGGCAGCAAAAAGCAAAACGCCAGAGCGACAAGGACAGCCGAAGCGGAAGAGAGAGCGGCGGGAAGGGGGGGGCGCAAAGGCGGGGGAGGAAACAACAGCGGAAAGAGGAGGGCGGGAAGGGGGAAAAGGGCAAGAGAGGGGGGACAAGACAAGGGCGAGGCCAGAACACACAAGCCCGGGGGACAGGCAAGAACAAAACACAGGGAGGGGAGACAGCAGGGGAGCCGGGAGCAGGGGAAAAGAAGGAAGGAGCAAGCGAAGAGAGCCCGACCGAGAAGCAAGGAGCGGAGAGGCGCACAAAGCCGCGGGGGGAAGCAAGAGGGGCGAAAGGAGACACGAAAGGGGCAGGAGGGAAGGGAGCGAAGGGGCGAAACGCGAGGGAAGGAGAAGCGCAAGGGGCAGCGGAAAGGGCGACACGGGAGCGGAGGGAAAGGGGCGGGCCGAGGGGGCACACAGGCAAAAAGGGCACAGCGGGGAAGGCACCGAGAGCGAGGAAAGGGGGAAAGCACAGAGGCGGAGAGGCGGGCGAACCGGAGAGCGAGAGACAGAGAGGACAAGGAGAAAGCAGGAGAGAGGCCAAAGCGGACCAGGGAAGAGGGAGAAGAGGGGGGGAGGAGAGAAGGGCGGAAAGGAGAACACCGGGGAGGGGAGGGGGCACGAAGAAAGAGGCGAGAAAGAAGAGAGGGCGCGGGCGGCCAGCGACAGAAAAACGGGGAGAGACAGACAGAGGAGGGGCGAACAGAGGGAGGGCGCGAGGAAGGGGAGGGCAGGGAAAAGCAGGCCGAGGAGCGAAAGGGGGGGCGCCACAGCAGCAGACAAAGGGGAGGGAGAAGAGAGAACCGAAACGAACGAGCAGGGAGGGCAAAGGGGGAAGCGAGGGGAAGAGCAAAAAGACCCCGCACGGAGGAAAAGGCAACAGGGAAGGGGGAGGAGAGGGGGGGAAAGACACCGCCGGCGACCCAAGCGGGGGGAAGAAGCCACCAGGACACGCAAAACGCGCAAAAGCGGGCAGCGGCCAGAGCCGAAAGACAAACCGCGGCGGCCAAAAGGCGCAAGCCCGCAAAGCGCCGAAAAAGAGCAAGCACAGGAGGGCCACCAGGGGAGAGACAAGCGCGCAACCGAAGGAAGAACACACCACACAACGCAACCGGCAAAGCGAGCAGGGGGAAGCAAGGCCGGAGGAAGGGGGGACCCGCAAGGAGGCCGCAAAGAAGCCGAGAACGCGCAGCGGGCACAAAGAAGCAGCCAAGGCACGGCAACAAAGCAAGCGAAGGAGGGGAGGGGCGGACGCAGACGCAGGGAGGGGAGGAGGAAGAGGGAGCAGAGGGGAGAGGAAGGCCAAGGGGGGGGAGGGACCAGGGAGGCCACCGGGAAGGGAACGCGCAGCACCAGGGAGGAACACGAGGGACACACAACCGGGGGACGGCCGAGAGCGAGGCCAGAACAACCACGGGGGGACGGAGAGGGGCACACAGAGGAGCAGACGGAAAGGGGGACAGAAAGGCGGAAGGAGAAGGCGGCGCGCGAACCAAAGCGGGCCGGGCAAAAAGCGGAGGGGAAGGGGAGGAGGAAAGGCGAGGGAAAAGGCGCGACAAAGGGGGGGGGCAAAGGAAGAGGAGGGAGGAGAGAGCACCCGGAAGAAGGGGAGAGGGCAGGCGAGCAGGAAGGGGGGAGGGGGACGGGAGGAAGCGGAGCGGGAGCCGAAGGGCACACGGGGGGAAAGGGGCAAAAAGAAGGAAGGGGAAGGGCAACCGAGAGCGAGGGGGCGGGGGCGCAGGGGGAGAGGAGCAAAAGGAAAAGGGGGACCAAGGAGGGCAAAGAAGCCGGGGGGAGGAAGAGAAGCGGGGGAAAGAGCAGGAAGGGCAACGGAGGGAAAGGCCAAAAGAAAGAGGAAGCCGAGAGGGAGGCCAGGCGAGAAAAAGGACCAGGGGCAGAAAGGCGGGGGCGACCCGCGCAAGCCCAGGAAAACCCGACAGCAAGCCAAAAGCCAAACACAAGCCAGAACCCGACCGCAAGCCGAAAGCCCGACCACAAGCCAAAAGCCGACCACAAGGCGGAACCCAAAGGCAAGCCAAAGGGCGGAAAGCCGGGGGCCCAAAGGGCCGAAGGGGAAACAAGGGGGAAGGAGGAGAGGCAGCAAGGGGAGGGACGGGACGGGGGAGGAGGGAAGGAAGACCGAAGAGGCCGAAAGGGGAGAAAAGGGAGACGGGGGCCGGAGCAAGAGGGGAGGACAGAAGGGACCAAGGAGGCAGGAAGAAGAAGGAGGGGCAGGAAAGGGGAGGGGCAAGGGGGAGGGGGGCCAGGCAACCGGGGGGCGACGGGGAAGGGAGCAGGGGGGAAGAAAGGAAAGCCAAAGGGGCCGAAGCGACGGGGGACGGCACAGGGCCAAGGAGAGAGGCCGACGGAAGAAGAGGGCGAGGGGAGAGGGCGAAGGGGGACAAGGAAGGGGGAAGAAAAGGGCACGGAGGGGGGACAGGGAGGGAGAGGGGCGGAGAGGAGGGGAGGGGGGGAAGCGCACGGAAAGAAGGCAAGACCAAAAGGCCAGGCAAGCGAGGCAACAGACGGAGGAAAGGCAAGCAGGCAAGGCAGAAAGGGCACAGGGGACACGCACGGGGACACACGCCGGAAAGGGAAGGAAAGCAGAGGGGAAAAGCAAGCGCAAGCGCACAGGCGGGAAGCAAGGGGGCGCAAGAAGGAGCAAGGGGGGGCCCGCAAGCCCGAGAAGAGCAAGAACGGGAGGGCACAACCGACAAAGGAGAAAGGGAAAAAGCGGGAGAAAGGGGGACGAAGCCGGGGGACCGAAGGGAGAAGCAGGGGGCAAGGGAGCGACACGCAGGGGGAGCAAGGGGGCAAGACGCAAGGGGGAAAAGGCGAAAGCAGCGGGGAGGAAAAGCGGAGAAGGCAACAACAGGGGAGGAGACCCACCAAGCACGGGAGAGACAAGGGGGAGGGGGAAGACAAAGGGCAAAGGGCAACGCAAGGAGGGCGACAGCCAACGGGCGCAAAGCCGCAAGAAGGCGGGAAAGGCAAAGGAAGCAAGGGCCGGGAAGCCAAAGCCAAGGGAGGCGCAAGGGGGGCAGCAACAGGAAAAGCAGAGGAGGGAGGGCCACACGGAGCGCAGCGCAGGGCAACACCAAAGGGGGCGGCCGGCGGGGGCAGAGGAGAAGAGGCCGAAGCCAGGGCAGCGCGGCGGGAAGCGGGGCAGACACGCGGGAGGACGCCAAAAAGGGGGAAGAGAGAGGCAGGCAGGGGGAAGGCAGGAGGGAGAGGAGGAGGACGGCCAGGGCGAGCCAGAAAGGGGGGCACAAGCAGGAGGAGAGGGGGAGGAGGCAGAGCGGCGGGAAGAAAGGCACCAAGAAGAGGAGGAGGGAAGAGGGGGGCGGGGGGGGGGAAGCGGGCAGGCCAGGAGGAGCAAGCAGGGCAAAGACCACGAACCGGGCGGGGCGGGAGAGGGGGGGGGCAGGAGGAAACAGGGAGCAAAGAAAGGGGGACAACCGGGCAGCGCGGAGGGGGAAGCCACACCGAAGAGAGGGGAGAGGGGAAAGGCCAAAGGGGGGACGGGGAAGGAGCGACCAAAAGGAAGGAAGAAAAGGGGGCCGAAGGGAGCAAAACAGGGGGGGGGCAAGGGAAAAGGCAGAAGAAGGCAAAGCGAGGCGAGAGCCGGGAGGAGCAGGGGGCGAAAGGGACGACAGCAAAGGCAAGGAGGCCGAGCGACAAGAGGGAAAAAGGCGAGAAGAGGGCAGCAGAGGGGAGGAAGAAGGGAGACGGCCCGGGAACAACAGCACGGAAGCAGGCAACGACGAGGCAGGGGGGCAGGGAGGCAACAACGGAGGCCAGGAGGGACAAGGGCGGGAGGGGCAGAACCAGAGAACAAGGGGCGAAGGAAAGGAGAAACAAAGGAGGAGAGGAGGGGGAGGAGGGGCACAAGGGGGGGGGGCCACGGGACAGGAACCCAGGAAACAAGGGGAAAGGAGGCGAAGGAGCGGGGGAGGAGGCGAGGAAGGGGGCGGAAGGGGAGGAGGGGGCGGGAAAGGGAACAGGGGAGCGGAGAGGGGAGCAAAGCGCAGAAAGGGGAAAAAGGCAAAAAGGCAGGAGCAGGAAAAGGCCAAAAAGGCGAAAGAGGAAGAGAGGGGCGAAAAAGACCGGGCCGAGAGGCAAAAGCAGGGGGAAACGCAGCGGGGCGAGGGCAAGGAAAGAAAAGCGGGGGAAAAAGAAGGGGGGAAAAGACAAGCCAAAGGACGGAGGAGAGGGGGGGCGGCAGCAAAAAGGGGGAAAAGGGAGAGGAAGAGGGGGGGAAGGGGGAGGAGCCAAAGGGAGCGGGAGAGCCCCGGAGGGGGGAAUGGCGGGGGACUAA